AUGCACAUUGCGGACAUGGCUGUCUCUGUGUUUGUAGUAGUGAUCAUCGCCGUCUCGUUUCUGUCCAACGUGGUGGUACUGAUCUGCUUUUUGUACAACCAGGAGAUUCGAAAGCAGGUGCCCGGGUUGUUUAUCCUCAACCUAACCGUCUGCAACCUGUUGCUUACCGUGUCCAAUAUGCCUCUAACUCUGGUCGGACUUAUCAACAAAGGAAACACUGGAGGCAGCGGGUUCUGUCAAACUGUGGGUUUCCUGGACACUUUUCUCACCACCAACUCAAUGCUCAGUAUGGGGGCUUUGAGCAUCGAUCGAUGGGUGGCAGUAGUUUUUCCGCUGAGCUACCACUCCAGAAUACGACACCGGGACGCAGUGAUAGGGCUUGGAUACACGUGGAUGCACUCGCUCUCGUUCUCCACGGUGGCCACUUGCUCUUCCUGGGUUGGGUACCAUCACCUUUACGCAUCAUGUACGCUCUGCAAUGCGAGAGCAAGCGGCUCCCGGACGCAGUUCAUCAUCUACACUGUGGUGUUACACUCUCUCACGUUUCUCUUGACCUUAAUCGUGUUGUGUGUAACGUACCUGAAAGUUCUGAAAGUUGCGCGGUUUCACUGUAAACGCAUCGACGUGAUCACUAUGCAGACCUUAUUGCUGCUUGUGGAUAUUCACCCGAGUGUGCGCCAGCGAUGCCUGGAUGAGCAGAGACAGCGGAGGCAGAGAGCCACCAAGAAGAUCAUCACAUUCAUUGGAACGUUUGUGGUGUGCUUCGCCCCUUACGUCAUCACGAGAAUCUUCGAGCUCUUCACGCUAGGACAGAUAAACCCUCACUGGGGUGUCUUGUCUAAGUGUUUGGCCUACAGCAAGGCAGCCUGCGACCCCUUUGUCUACUCACUGCUCCGGAACCAGUACAGGAAGACAUGCAGCGACCUGACCAACAAGAUCCUGAAGAGAAGUUCCUUUAACUCCUCCGCCCGCAUGGUGGAGAACGGAAGGGUCAACGACACCAACAACUUCAAACCCACCCAUUGA